GCAAGUAUGAAAUAAUGACAUGUGUUCACCUCUGCACUGCAGCAUGAACCUACCUUACGUCAUCCUCAUGGUCAGACCCCGACUUGUACUGCUCCUACAUGGCUGCCCGGCACACAAAUGCGUCGUGGAGUACAGAGUCCGGCAGAAUGAGAGUUUGUUGAUCCAAAUGAAGGAGGUGAGAGAUGAAAACCACUCUCUCUUAAAACUUCUCGACGAAAAAAACUUUGAAAUCAAACGCAUGAGGAAGAAACUGGAGGACGAGAGAGUGCUGGUCUUGGCUGGUGCAACCGGCUUGGCAGGGGAUGCAGCUGCCGUCAAGAUUGUGGAGUUGUCCAAAAAGAACCGAGAGAUGACUGCUGAAGUGGAGCGAGAAAGGUCUAAAUUCAAACAAAACAACAACCGAAUCAAGGAUCUUGAGAAGCAGCUGCAGGCAGCGCUGCACUCCCUACCAGGUCAGAAGAUUGAUGUCAAUGUUCAGAAAUCAAACUUUUCUAAAGACGCAGAGGACACUCCAGUCGUGAAGACUUUGAAGGAGAAAUUAGCGGCUGCUCAGCUCAAAACCACAGAAUACCGCAACCAGGUUCAGUUUCUUAAACAGGAGUUAAAAGUGGCUCAGAAGGUUUUGAUGAGCGAGGUCGGGGAAGAGGUCAGCAUUCAGCAAUUACUGGGUUGUCCAAGCAGCUUUAGAGGACGUGCACAGCAGAUACUGGCUCUUCACUCAAGGGUGCGAGAUCUGGAGCAGCAGCUAAAGAAGGCGUCAACUCUGUCAUGCGUGCAGAGUGUGGAAGAAGAACCUCCUGGUUUUGGAAAUUCCCCAAAAAGCUCAACUCAUUUCCGCAACAUCAGCUACAUCCGCACAAUUGAGAAGGAGAAAAAGGAUGCCUUUGAGAGGAUCUCUGCUGGUUAUGAAGCCCUACAGAAAGAACAUGAAGAUGUGAAAAAGAAGCUAGAAGCCUCCAAGGCCAGAAACAAAUGCCUGUCUGAGGAAAAGACAGCUCAGAUAUGCGCCCUGAAACUCAAAAGUAAACAUGACAACGAGCUAGUAGAAGUUCUGCUGAAGGAGAAGGCCCAGAUGAAAGAGACGCUGAGUGAGCUCACCAAACAAUUGGAAGCACAGAACACGGUGACCGAGCCGAGCACGGCCCAAAACCUGGACACAGAGUUGAUGUCCGUGCAAAAUACUCUCAUCCAGAACCUGUACCAAGUAGUUACGGACAAGGAGAACACCAUCAAAGAAUUAGAGGAGAAAUUCCUGCAUCUUUCAGUCAAGGAGCAAUGUGUGGAGAAUCAGACCGAACCCAGUAGCUCCACUUCAGCACUUUCCCCAGAAGAGAGCGCCAUUGAAAAGAAAACCUCUCCUGUGUAGUUCUUCCUCUGCUGAGAACGGGCCGUGGUUUCUGUAACUCUGCGCAUCGCUGAGGAACUGACAUUAGAAACUUUGCCGAACACCACUGGAUCACAGGAAAUGGAAAACAAGUAACUCUCCCAGUUAGUGGUUUUACACAAUAGUCAAGUAAGGCGGCCAGUAGAGACAUUAGGUCUGACUCAUUUGAACCCAUCAGAACCUUUGCAAGCAGAUACAAUCCCCCGCAGAGGCAUUACAGAGGCGCUCGUGCAGCAGCAGCUGCAGAGACAAAAUUAGAUUGUUAGAGCAGAGAUCGUUCGUGCAAGUGGAUACUGUUGUACUGUGAAAAUUCAUUUUGUCUAUUCUGCUCACUUUUUAAUACCAUAAACAAUCAUUUUCUCCCCUCCUUCAUUUGAUCUUUAUUACCGUGACGUUGGAAAUACACUUAAGAUGAAACGUACCACUAUUAAGGCCAGGCAGAGAUGGUGAUGUUGUCUCCCGGCUGGCCAUCGAGCCGCAGGAAAUGGGGGCACUGAGGGCAUCGCUAAAGAGCACUCAGCACGGUGACCUGGAGCUUUACUAGCUUGACGUGAUGAGACAAGUCAUGCAUGGCUUCCUGUAGGCUUGUGACAUCCCCAGUCAAGACAGCGAGCGCUGCAACUUGGCCUUGGCCUCUACUACUCCUACCUUCUCUUGUCACGUGACAGACAGCAGCCUCCAGAAAAAGGAUCCUUAUUACUCCUUCCCGUCCACACCGACGCCACAUUAAACCCUGUUUUUCUUGUUUGACAAUUCUGAUUGUUCCUUUCGUCUGUGGCCUGAGUAUAAACACUUGAGAGCUUUUAGUAUCAAAGUGUUUAUCUCAGGUGUCAUGAGUCACCAUAUGUCCUGAUUGCGGAAUUGUUUUUCCCCACUUACAGUGACAAUCUGAAGGAUAUUUUUUAAUCAACUGUAACACUUUUAACCUUUUAUCAGACCUGCUGAGCACUCCCAUUGAAAAUGGACGCAAAAGAAAUUGUUUUGGUCAUCUUGUUUGUAUGGUAACGUGGCUUUUCUAAGCAAGCAAUUGGAAAACAUCAGCAUUUCAAAAUCACAGUCAAACAUGUGUUAGCGGCCACACUAAUUUCCCCUACAGAGAAAGUGUUAUAAACCUUGUCCAUAUUGGCCACUAAUAUCAAAAUGCGCUACAAUGAUGUUGAUAGAAUGAUCUUAGUUUUUGUUAUUUAAUUGUUUACUCUAAAUGAUACAUUUCCUGCAAUAUGACUUGUUUUGUGCUUUCCUCCAUAAUGUUUAAAUUGGAUCAUUUAAUAAAUAAAUGUAACGUUUUGCUUAAACCAACUAUUCCGCUGCAAUGAGCGAGCUUCCAAAUGUGUUCGCAUAAUGGCUACCUACCUGCAUAUAGUGGCCAAGGGUCUAUAGUGGCCACUCGGACUCGUGCUGUUUCCCUGGCUGAUAUUGACAAGUUUUACGGUACUUUAAAAAUGCUUAAAAAAACCUGACCCUAACCACUAAUGCAUGGUAACUUAAGAGAUACCUUCUAAAUAGGGAUAUCCGAUAAUGGCUUUUUGCCGAUAUCCGAUAUUCCGAUAUUGUCCAACUUUUAAUUACCGAUACCGAUAUCAACCGAUACCGAUAUCAACCGAUACUGAUAUAUACAGUCGUGGAAGCAACACAUUAUUAUGCCUAAUUUGGACCACCAGGUAUGGUAUGGUCCUUUUUAAAAAAAAUUAUAAAAUAAAAUAAGAUAGAUAAAUUAAAAAUAUUUUCUUGAAUAAAAAAGAAAGUAAAACAAUAUAAAAACAGUUUCAUAGAAACUAGUAAUUAAUGAAAAUGAGUAAAAUUAACUGUUAAAGGUUAGUACUAUUAGUGGACCAGCAGCACGCACAAUCAUGUGUGCUUACGGACUGUAUCCCUUGCAGACUGUAUUGAUAUAUAAUGUAGGAACCAGAAUAUUAAUAACAGAAAGAAACAACCCUUUUUUUUUAUGUUGAUUUAAUUAAAAAAACGAUACCGAUAAUAAAAAAAACAAAACGAUACCGAUAAUUUCCGAUAUUACAUUUUAAAGCAUUUAUCAGCCGAUAAUAUCGGCAGGCCGAUAUUAUUGGACAUCUCUACUUCCAAAUGUCAAAAACAGUGCACACCAACAUUAAACCUUUACCAGACCUGUUAUGGAUCUAUUAAAUUGGUUAAAUUUUUGUUGUUUAUAUGAAAUGUUCAGCUUUGGGCUUGAAAAUGCAGUGAAAUGGACAGCUGACACCUUUUAAAUGCCAAAAAUUAGCGGCAUCCAGAUUCAACUUUUUUUAAGUUCCGAUACGAUACCGAUAUUUUAGCCUUGACUAUUGACCAAUUCCGAUAUGAUAUCAACACAAAUAAUACAUACUUUUGACCUAUUUUGUAGUAUGGAAAUUUUGCGACAAGGCUUGAUCAAGUGAUAUGUUGUGAUAUUGUGGAAUCCUGGCGCUGUUGGAUCAAAGUUCUUGAGCGGUGUCUGGAAUGGAGUAUAAACUAGUUAUAUAAUAUUUUCUUACACUUCUGCAUCCCAUUUUCCAGGAUGCAUUCAUUUUAGGUUGUCCUAAGUAUGUUGGAAACAGUUUUUACCAUUAGAGGUAAAAGCC